AUCGUUUCGCGCUAUAUGGACUUGUCAGCGCCAUUCUGCGUCUUUCAGAUGAUCGAUAAUUUAAUCUUCGACAACAUGGGGAACGUGAUGCAAUUAGGCGAGAUCGAGGACGAGGAAGGACUCAAGUGCAACGACACGGCUCACGCGGAACUGCCAAUCGAGAUGCGCUUCAAUGACGGCCACUUGCUGACGAUAAUCACUUACAGCAUCCUGAUGGUGAUAUCGGCCACUGGAAAUAUUUCCGUGCUAACCAUAAUAAAGAGACGAAAGUCCAAGUCCCGAAUACAGAACCUCGUGAUGCACCUAUCGAUCGCUGAUCUCUUUGUGACGUUCCUGAUGAUGCCAUUCGAAAUCGGAUGGUCGAGCACAGUGUCCUGGGAGGCAGGAGACGCGAUGUGUCGCAUCAUGGCUUUCUUCAGGAUGUUCGGCCUGUAUCUCUCGUCUUUUGUAAUAGUCUGCAUAAGCAUCGACAGGUAUUACGCCGUGAUGCGACCCCUCCAGAUACUAGAUGUUCACAGGAAAGGGAAGAUAUUGCUGAUGCUCGCGUGGAUUGGCUCCGUACUUUGUUCCUUGCCACAGAUGUUGGUGUUCCAUCUCGAGACGCAUCCGAAUUACACUUGUUACACCCAAUGUGUAACGUUCAAUACCUUCCCGUCGUACGUGCACGAAGUCUCGUACAGCCUGUUCGGCAUGGUGGUGAUGUAUUGGUUCCCGCUGAUCGUAAUAUUCUACACGUAUACCAGUAUUUUCAUGGAAAUCUGCCGUAGAUCCAAGGAGAGGAGCGAAGAUAGAAUACGUCGUUCCUCGAGCGGUUUCUUAAGCCGAGCGCGAGUACGCACUUUGAAAAUGACGAUAACUAUUAUCGCCGUCUUCCUCAUCUGCUGGAGUCCUUACUACGUGAUAAGCGUUUGGUACUGGAUCGAUCGAUCGUCGGCCCUCAAAGUCGACCCACGCAUUCAGCGAGCUCUUUUCUUCUUCGCGUGCACCAACUCCAGUAUGAAUCCCAUCAUUUACGGCAUCUUUAAUAUACGCCAAAGGAACAAAGCGCCGAUGCGUACAGCCACCGUCGAGACCCGGGUCACGCCGCUGUCUCUAUCAGUCAAACUUCUCGAUUGACAAUGAACGCGACGUUCGCCGGCUCGAACAGAUGCGUCUAAACUGACAAUGUUGGUCCGCAAAAUAUCUGCGUCCUUCUACCAAAAAUCAUUGGCAGCGCAAUCACGUACUGCGCCUCUCACGACUGUCGUAUCCACGCGCGGUUACCAUCCGAACCGCGAAAACGCGGGUCUGUGCUAUUAAAAAGUACCUGGCCUCACUCUGCCAGCUGCAUGACGAGAUUAAGCGAGAUGAAAGCGCCUGUGAUUGAUCAAGUCGCGCCCGACGGUGAAGAGGAUCCUCCGGUGAGAUUGCGCGACGAGGAAGAACGGGGAAUUUUCCCGGGUGAACUAUGUACUCGUUCGUCUCUAGAUGUAUUUAUUUCGAAGUUAGAUAAGAACCCCUUUGAAAGCUGAAAAAGAUUCUCUAGUCUAAGUUAUUUUAUACGUAUUUGUUACGACAUAAGCAAACGUUGCAAAUGCAACCGCGAACGUGCUUCGUGUAUGUGUUCUUUCUUUUUUUUUUCUUCUUAUACUUUCGCGACACAAGGUUGUGCAAACAAGUUACGUAAGCUAUUUAUACACCGCUUAUGUUCCGUGUAUUUUUAUAAAGAGGAAAAAUAUAUCGUACAAAAUGCGUGCGUUUGCGUUUCGCGCAAAUCUCUUUCGUUAUUUAAAAACCUCUAAAGGAUAAGCUCGCGUGAUCAAUCGAUUGUUUCUAUCUGUGUAUAUUUUCUAUAAAUAAAGAGAUCAGAUCAUUGUAAUUUG